AUGGCGUCUAUACUGAAACGCCAGCUGGUCAAACGACUGGCCAUGUUCACCGAGAAUUUCCGGGAAAAAGACCUGAACAUCUCGAUGUUUUCUGGGGAAGGAGAGCUCACUAUGCUCGAACUCAACUGUGCUAAGUUGCACGAGGUGCUCUCUCUACCAGCCUGUGUGAUCCUCAGUAAGAUAGUAGCUACUAAGGUUAAGAUUAAGAUCCACUGGACUAAGCUGUCGUCCAAGCCCAUCUCCAUAGUUCUGGAUGGAGUGACGGUACAGAUUGAGUUGUCCAACGACACAUCCCGCGUGCACCAGCAGAAAGCGGCGGCAGAAGCACUGAAUGUGCCCACCAAAUACGGGAUGAUUGAGAAAAUGGUUGACGGCAUUUCCAUUCAAAUUCGUUCAAUUGUGGUGUUGUGCAAAGCCACACCGCGAAUGGAGGACGCACAUCACAGGCGCACAGACGCAGACUCAGACAUACGGCUGCCUCAUCUGCUCAUAAACAUCUCACGCAUUGAUCUGCAAAGCGUCAACUCCCGCUGGCAGACCGAGAAACUGGACAAAUGCCAGAACACCAUCCGAGAUGGAAAGCAG